AUGUCCCGCAAACCCAUGCACACCCCAGUCUAUCUGCUGGGUGGCCUGUCCCUAACUCUAGCUCUUGUCGUUACUAUUUUCCACGGGAUAUGCUAUGCGUCCUUUAAGGCACUGUCUUCAGAAACCGCCGGUAUUGAGGCUGCCCUCGUGGGCUUGAACGCAGUCAGCUGCGUCAUUCUUCUUGUCCUAAUCCUGCUGUGGACGAGGGAUAUCCAGAACGACACCAUCCGGCAGUGGACGCCGUGGAAGACGUACGGCUACGGACUCAUACUCGCCUAUCUCCUAGUCGUAACAGGAAUCACUGCGGGAGGCAUCGCAUGGAGCGCCUCUCAAUUGAUCGGACAGCCCGCUGUCACUGUCCCCGGCCCCAACCGCUCACUCAUGGUCGCUCGCUGCGUCGUCUGGGCCAUGUCCGUGCUCAGCCAGGGCGUCCUGGGUGGCUACCUCCUGCUAGCCCAGCGGAGGCGGCACGAACAGGACCAACGCACGGAUCAGCCGUCUCGCGAGCUCGGUCCUCUCUCCAGUUCACCCAGCGUGGCCAACAAAAGCCGCACCUCGGCGACCUCGUCCCUCGCCGACGAGUCCCGCCGCACCUCCCUCGACCCCAAGUCCAGCUGCGAGGUCAACGCGCCGACCCCCGCCUCGCGCGUCUCCCAUCGCUACUCCGGCCGCACCCUCUACCAGCCUGACGGGAAGCUCGACCUCCUCCCGGCACCUCCCGCCGCCGCCGUGACCCGCAGCAGUAGCAGAGCGAACUCAGACCGCGACAGCCGCACGCCCACGGUGGUGGGCGACGACUACAGCGAGCGCCACCGGCUCUACCGCAGUAACUCGGAGCUGAAGCGCUCGCUCGACAGCCUGGUACUGCAGUCCGGCACGUCGUCGCCCACGGCGUCGUCGUCGACUACGCAACUGGACGCGGCACGCCUGCCGCUGCCGAAGCUGCGGCUCCCCGCCGACGAAAGCGACAUCCACCCGCUGUUCCGCUCGGAUAGUCCGUCGCCGCCGCCGACGCCAACGCCCACCACCAUCGUGGUGGCGUGUCCGGCGGCGGGGCAGACCAUCUCCGUGAAGACGCUGGAGCGGGUGCGCUCGACGCGUUCGCUACGGUCCCAGUGCCACACGCCGCGGAGCCGGUCGCCGCUGUUUGAGCGGAUGGAUGUGCCGGGGGAGGGCCCGGAGCCCUCGGCCGGGAUGCCGGGCUACAUCAUGGCGGCGCAUCUGCGGAAGAGCAUCGCGCAGUAUGAGAAGAGAUACGACUUGCAUGAAUCGCCACAUGAGAGCUAG